CGAGAUUCUGUUGGUACUCUAGCCUCGCUGUCUACUUACAUACUGAAAAAACAACAAUAUACGUAAUUCUAAACACACGCGAGCGCGUGCACUCACGCACACACGUAUACGAUCACGUGCGCUCGCGCGUACGCAUCUGUGUGAAAAAAAUUUUUUUUUUUUACUAAAGCAUCCCCUUAAAUUGACAAUAUAAACAUCAAAUUCACAAUGCGCAACUACUUUAUGACACCGUUGGCGAUAGUCAUUAUUGCAACAACAAUUGCCUUGGUGUCUUGUCAGUACGAUCAGCAAAGGGAGAAUUAUGUCAAUGACUAUGGAAAUGAACAAGCACACGCACAACCAAUACCAAGGAGUUAUGCCUCAGCGCCAAAGGAGCCCGAAAAACCAAAACCAACACCAGUUGCAAUUUUAAAACAAAUCAAUCGUCACAAUGAAGAUGGUUCCUACACUUAUGGUUUUGAAGGCGCUGACGGUUCAUUUAAAAUUGAAACCAAAUUGCCAACUGGCGAUGUAAAGGGAAAAUAUGGUUUCGUCGAUGAUUCAGGAAAGGUCCGCGUGGUGGAAUAUGGCGCGAAUCAAUAUGGCUUCCAGCCAGCUGGCGAGGGAAUCACAGUUGCUCCACCUACAUUGGUUGACGAAACAACUGGACGCGAAGGUCUCGAGGCACAAAAUCAAUAUCAAGAUUAUGAUUAUAGACAACAGGCAGGUCAACAAGCGGCAGCACCACCACGACCAGCUCCUGCACCAGCUCAACAACGUGAACAAUAUCGUCCACAAUAUGAGCCUCAAUCCCAUACUCAAGCAAUUUAUGCGCCAGCUCAACGUACACCAACAUUGUCAAAUGCGCCAAAGCAACAGCCAAUUUUUACACCAGCGGCAGCGCCACGUCAAUCGCAAAUUCUCCAGGCAGCACAACGACCUCUUUAUGAUGAACAGGCACCAAGUUCACAGGCCUAUAAUCAGGGACCAGUUCAAUUUGGACCAUCACAUCUUCCUGAACAACGUGCACAACCACAAGCUCGCAGCAAUCCCCCUGGCGGAAUUCUAGAUCAACUAGCUCGUGAUUAUGCUCUACCGCAAGAUGUUGCACCACCAUUGCACGAUAUUAGCUUUGGCUAUUACUAAAUAGCGACUAAAUUGAGCAAGUGGAUUUUUUCCCGUUUUUUUACGAAACACAGGUAGCUUCUUCUAAGAAAGAUUUGGAGCUUAUAAACUGAAAUGACCAGGAGAAUUGGCACAAAAAGUUCAAUGUGUUAUCGAAAUUCCGCUGGAGUCGCUACAAUCGUUUAGAAAAAUUAAUCAAGAGUUAAGCAAAUUUUUCUCAUUCUUUCCGUAUUUGGUUAGUAUUUGGAAAUUAAUUUUGCUUACAGUAUGUAAAUUAAAAAAAAAAACUUAUUGAUUUGUCGACAAAAUUGCGAAUAACUUUUGCUUACGUCAUAAAAUAUAUAUAUUCGCAAAGGAAAGAAAGUUGAGAAAAUUGCUCAAUAACAAAAAAAUAAUCAUUCGUAAAAAGCCAUUUCUCCUUUGCUAAAAAUUUUUUUUUUCUUUUCUAAAUUCGCAUGCUACACACAAUGUUGCAUUGUGCAAACAAUUCACCAUGCGCUCAACUAUAAUUAUUUCCUCCAUCCAAUUUAUAUAUAUGUACAAUUUCAUAAUCAUGGAGACAAUGUGGAAGAGGUAAAGUAGCAAAAUGUCGAUUCCGCAUUGUCACAAUAGUAUAUAUAUAUAGGGAAAAAUUCUUGUAUCAUUAAGAAUCUGUUCCUUUAUGAAGGUGCAUUUUCGCAUUCUAUACGCCAUCUCCAAAACCUCUCUCAUUUCCUUGUUUAGUCGCUCCUGCACUUUGUGUGAUUACCGAUUACGGAUACUAUAUGUACAGAUAUAUAUUUAUACACGUAUCAAUGUUCGAUUUACUUACACUUUCACUUUGAACAGUUCUUGCGGCUAAGCACCUUGGAUAUAUGUCUAUAAGACCAAUAAUUUUACAACUUUUGGUCUUUUGCAAAACGGCGAGUUACACAAGAAAUAGCACUUGAUAUGGGAUAUCGAAAAAAAUUUAUUUCUCCUAUUUUUAUAAUAGAAAAAUUGUUUGAUUAUUAAAAAAAAGAACAAUAAUUGAUUUUAAAAAAAAGCCGAUAAUCCAAAUUAAUUGGCAAACAUCUCCAUAUCAUGUAAAGAAUUUCUAUCAUGCUAUUAUAAUGAAAGAUAUAAUUUGUAAAAUAAAAGUUAGAAAUUUU